CAGCGAUGUACAGCAGUCUGUGCGUGUGCGUGCUCCUCGCCGUGCUCUCGGCGAGCUCCUUCGGACAGCAGAGCGCGGGCUCGCGCGAUGGGAGCGCCCUGGCUGCCGAGCUGGAGCAGAGCCUGACAGAGCGGCACCGGCCCGUCCGCGCCCCGUCCUCCGCCGGCCCGCUGAAACCCGGCCCGCGCCUGGACGGAGGCAUCGACCAAAGAGCCAACAUCGGCGCCUUGUUGGCCAAGUAUCUCCAGCAAGCCAGAAAAGGUCCCAGUGGAAGGAUCUCAGUUAUGGGAAACAGGGUACAGAGCUUCGAUCCUACGCAUAGGAUAAAUGACAGAGACUACAUGGGCUGGAUGGAUUUUGGACGCCGCAGUGCUGAAGAAUAUGAAUAUUCCUCCUAAAGAACCACAAACUAUAGCAACAGAAAGAAAAAAAAAAUCUAACAACUCCCAUGUCUGUACAGAAGGAGAAAAAUUAAUUUGUUGUUCUCUUCAAAUCAGUGUUUUAAAAUAUAUUAUGUACUUGAUGUAAAUUUGUCUGUAAGACUAUACAAUGCAAUAUAUACAUAUGCAGAAUUUUCCAGGAAAUGUUUUCUUUUUUUCUGUGGUUUCUCAUACUCUGAUAUUGAAUUAAAAUUAUUUC